AAUUGACAAGGCCAAAAACCAAAACGUUUCCUCUCUGCAGGUACGGUGAACAAGGCACCCCAUUCUGCGUGUCCAUGGUGGACAGCCGUCGACGUAUGGACAAGGAAUUUUCCCGCCGAAUCCACGAUGCCGUUGAGAAGGCGAGCCUGGACAUCCAUUCGGGAAGCUCUUCGGACGAGGAGGAUUGCAGCAAAAACAACAGCAUGAGCAGCAGCAACCAAUCAUCUCUCAGCUCGAUCUCAAUCCCAACCAUCAACCCAGAGCCCAAAAGCAUCCCGACCGUCAGCAACCCCAACAGCGUCUACCGGUUCAGCGAGUUUGCUCCAGCCGCCCCUCAGACCUGGCUGAGGGAGAAGAGGAAGGCCUUUGCUGGGGAUGCGUUCCCUCCUCUUCCUCCCCCAGCCGGAGCUCCACCUUCCCAGUUCCCCUACCAGAAAAGCUUCAAGAACCAUCGAGCCACGUUCACCUUCGCUGGGCCUCGUGUGGACAAGUACCACUGGGUCAGCAAGUCCCGAUAAUGUGAGCCUUCGACCUAGAACCAGAAUCGGGUUACUGCUCUGCCGACAUGAUGCCGGGUCAAAGCAACACAUAUAGAUAUAGACCUGUAUGCAGCAAAAAAAGGACAGUUUAUGCAUCUUUAAAAAGGUUUAUUAUCAAUGAGUGUUAAUGAUUUAAAUGAAUGUUUAAGUGUUUUUACUCUUUUGAAAAUAUUGAAGUAUUUUAAAUAAUUCCCCUUCUAAAUGUGUUUUUAAACUGAAAUUAAAGUAAGUGUGAAUAAAGUAACAUUGAACUGUCAAUUGAAAAGAAAUAAAUGACUAAAUCUCAGCUCUGCUGGUUCAUCUAAA